CGGAACCAACUUGGGCUUUCCGCUUACGCCGCCAGUCACAAUCCAAGCGGUAGUCAUCAACCGCCGCCGACAUUUCAAGCAGCAACCACUCCAUCUCACUAAUAUCAACAAUGUUUGCCCGCGCCGGUCUCCGCACGCUCCGCGCCCUCCCCCGGCCCCAGGUCGCCCGCGCCUCGGGCAUGCUCGCGCAGCGCCGCCUCCUCUCGGACGAGGCACGGAAGCUCAUCGACGGGGCCGUCACUGAGAACCCCUUGGUCGUGUUCAUGAAGGGCACGCCCGAGCAGCCGCAGUGCGGCUUCUCGCGCGCCGUCGUCCAGAUCCUCGAGGUGCAGGGCGUUCCCCGCGAGAAGAUCGUCUCGUUCAACUGCCUUGCGGACCAGGAGCUCCGUGAGGGCAUCAAGGAGUACAGCGAGUGGCCCACCAUCCCCCAGGUGUACGUCAAGGGCGAGUUUGUCGGCGGCUGCGACAUUAUGAUCUCGAUGCACCAGUCGGGCGAGCUCGAGAAGCUCCUCGUCAAGGAGGGCCUCGUCGAGGAGCUCCCCCCUCUCGAGGAGGAGUCCAAGUAAAUCAAAAAGUCUGUACCACCUUGUACACUGAUGCAUUUGUCACCGGC